CACAGUCGUCCGUCUCAAGGGAGACUAAUAUCACAGUAAACCGUUUGAAUAGGGCCUUAGCGACUGUGUAUGCAGAUUUGUUUGGCAAGGCAUCCAGCAAUGCGGACCGAGUACAGUCGCAGUAAUUGAUUGAACUUUGUGUCCGAAGCAAACGCAAGACAAAAUCGUUGUCAACCAACAUACAGCAUGACCCUUCACAUAUGGGUCCAAAUGGCCAACUGUUGCUCUUUGGAACGCCAGACCAGCCCGCAGUGACCUCAGGCCAGGUCGUGUUCGAGACUGAUCAUGCCGCGAAAGGCGAGGUCUUGGAGAUUUUCUAUUCUGUGGCGGUCGGCAUUGAGUGGCGAGAAACGGCUGAAAAGGUCGGCGGUGGGUUUACCCUCCGCACACCUAUCGAGCAACGGAAGAUAAUUGUCGCAUUAAAGCAUCCAAAACCUGGCAUGAUUAAGGCUGGCAAGUGCUCUUCCAACGUCAACUUUCCAAUUGAACCGUCCUUUCCAUCAUCCAUGCAUCUUCAUAAAGGUUUCGUUGCGCGUGGUGAAAACCUCUUACCGCUCCGUGUUCCCGAGUCGACUGAUUCGCAAGCAUACUAUUUCGAUGAGGCAUCGAACGAGCUGGUGUCAAGUCGAACGACAGACAUUUCGUAUACAUUGGAAGUCCCUACUACGACUUUCAUGGCAGGCGAGACAAUAGCUCUCGCUAUGGAGUCAGUUCCUGAGCUUGAAUUAGCAAGGGAUUCGGUACCCGUAUUUUCGAGCGAGGAGUAUAGAGGCCUUUUACCUCACUGGCUUGGCAAGAGUCGAUCACAGGAUAUGUCCAAUAUGCCUAAUAUCACUGUCUGCCUGAAGCAGACUGUCACUUAUUCGAAUCGUGACAGGAGUAGAACGUUUCACGAGCAUGCCAAGUUUGCAUCCACACUCCGGUUAGAUAAUGAGAUGGGAGGUACUUUCGCCAACGGAGUUGUGAGAGAUGGCUGGAAGGUAGUGUUGAAGAUGACCCUACCCAGAUUGGGCGCCAACCGCGUGGAUACGGAGAAGGAGGCGCAUGACGAACCGGAAGGAUUAAAAGCAAGUCUGGACAACCCGUUCCUAAGGAUUGACCAUAAGUUGCGGAUUAAGCUGAAAUAUGAUAAAACCCUGUUUUCAUCCAAGGUCCGCAAGUUCGAGAUUCCUGUGACCAUUGUCGCUCCUUCCGGUCCUGGGUCUAUCCCGUUCCGAUUUGACGCUAUACCUUGGUCCUCCAAAUCGACGGGUUCAGGGGCAUCUUACACCAGCACUAAACCAGCCAAAUUGAAUUCCGUCUCUCAUAACGUGAAGCUAGCCCAAGGCAUUGCAGCUGUCCUGCAUGCGGUUCAUGCUGCCUAGGGACAUCAGCUUAAAGAGGGGAUUUGAAGAAGCC